GUCGCCGGGGAGUCGGGAGCUGGAAAAAUGGUGGUCACCCGAUCCGCGCGGCCUCAGGCCAGGGGCCAAGCCACAUCGCCUGAAAGCUCCCGGCAGAAGAAUUCUGCUGCUAAAAGAAUUGAAGCAUAUCCAAAAGGCAGGAAGGAAUCUCCAUCCGAUGACCCAAGUACUGCUGAAUCACAGAGCACUAGGAAACGAUGUCCAGUCUCUAGAACUCCUAAAACCGGAAGGAGGAAGAGCAGAACUACAGGCUUAUUAUGUGAGCAAAUAGACAAACCAUCUACUGACGGAGAGACCUCUGAAGCAGAGUCAACUUGUUCUUCUGUGUCUGAACGCCAGAGUCCCAUUUUAAGAAUAACUAGAAGAAGGCAGAUCUUAAUUGCAUGCACACCAGUGUCCAGUGCCAGGAAAAGGCUGAAAAUAACUCCAAUAAAUGAGUCUCCUACUGAAGAAGUCUCUGAAGCAGAAUCGCAUGUUUCAGGUAUUUCUAGAAUUGUGCUUCCCGCAGUAAUAACUACAAGAACCAGGAGAAGUAAGGUUAAAUCCCCAACAGAUCCCAGCCAAGAAUCACAUAUGGAAGCUAUUUCUGAUGCUGAGUCAUCAUGCUCAGACAUGUCUUCAUUUUCUGGAAUUUCAACUAGGAGAACAACCAGGAGUAUGCAGAGGAAAUUACAGGCACAAACUGAGGAGAAAGAUACUAAGAUUGUACCAGGAAAUGAAAAACAAAUCAUAGAUACACCUAUGAAUUCAGAAGAUUCAGAUCCCAAACAAACUUCUCGUUUACUAGCAAGAUCUCUUUCUCAGAUAAAUAGGCCAAAUUUCUGUCAUAAUGAAAUGUAUAAUGACUUUGAUGAUGAUUCUUUCCACGGAAAUUCAGAAAAAAAAUUAACAGUGCAAAAACGCCGAUGUGUUAAUAUAACAGAGGAAAAACAGGCCAAUGUUGCACCUCUCAAAGAAAUAAUAAAGCAGAAUUGUAGGAGUUUAGAUGAGGAAGCCAAAGGAAUGAUAAAUGAGGGAAAAGAAAUUAAUGAAAAAAAUUCUCAGUUUAAGAGUCUCUCUGAACUUAGGGACACUAGCAUUCAGCACUUACUUUCUCAAAGGCAUUCAACCCCCCAAAAUAAGAAAACUGCAUCAGAGCCCUCAAAUCUGAACUGUGAGGCUAUAAUGAAAUCGUUAGCUCAAACAUUUGCAGUUGUGGAAGUGGACAGAUGGAAUGAAAAGAGACAGAGCACCAUAAAAACAAGGGACUUGACAGAAUUUGGUGAUGGUAGUGGCAGUGAUGAAGAAGAGUGCACUGUUAUAGGUGUCUGUGAAGAUACGAACGAAGAAAGGGAUGUAGAUUUUGAGGGUGAAGACGUGAACAAAGAAAGGGAUACAGAUUUUGAGUGUGACACCAAACUAUACAGGUCUGAGUUCAACACAUCUCAGGAUAAAGGUGAUUCUGUUUUAUUAGUUCUCAGCAGUGAUGAAAGCCAGCACUCCAAAAACAGUGAGAAUGAAGAGGACACUGUGUGUUUUGUUGAAAAUAGUGGUCAAAAAGAGUCAUUAAAUGAAGACUUGGAAAAUACGUUGUGUGACAAUGCGCUGUUUGUGAUCGACACAACUCCUGGAUUGAGUGCUGAUAAAAAUUUUUACUUGGAUGAGGAAGACAAGACAAGUGAGGUUGCCAUUGAAGAAGAAAAAGAAGAGGAGGAAGAGGAUGAAAAAAGUGAAGAAGAACCAUCAGACAGUGACAAAAAUAAAGAUAGUGAAUUUAGUGAUGAAGAUGACUUACUAAACGGCACAAAGUCUAAACUUCUGAAGUUGACAAGCAGCAGCAUAGACCCUGGUUUGAGUAUCAAGCAAUUGGGUGGUUUGUAUAUUAAUUUCAGUGCAGACAAACUACAGUCGAACAAGAGAACCCUAACACAGAUCAAGGAGAAAAAGAAAAAUGAGCUUCUGCAAAAAGCCGUCAUUACACCUGAUUUUGAAAAAAACUACUGUGUCCCACCAUAUCGUGAAUCAAAGUAUCAACUUCAGAAAAAACGCAGGAAAGAGCGACAAAAAACAGCAGGUGAUGGCUGGUUUGGUAUGAAAGCUCCAGAAUUGACAGAUGAACUAAAAAAUGAUCUCAAAGUACUGAAGAUGAGAGCUAGCAUGGACCCAAAAAGGUUUUACAAGAAAAAUGAUAGGGAUGGCUUCCCCAAGUACUUCCAGAUUGGAACCAUUGUUGACAAUCCAGCUGACUUCUACCAUUCACGAAUUCCCAAGAAACAAAGGAAGAGAACUAUUGUGGAAGAGCUGCUGGCUGAUUCUGAGUUCAGAAGAUAUAACCGAAGGAAGUACUCAGAGAUCAUGGCUGAAAAAGCAGCAAAUGCAGCAGGAAAGAAGUUUCGAAAGAAGAAGAAAUUUCGCAAUUAAGAUUCACCAAGCAAACCACAAUAUUUUACAUCUCCCCUUUAUUUAUUUAGUAAAGAUGUUUUGAAAACGAACACCAUCACAUAAAUUAACAUAGACUGGCCCUAUUUAUAUGUAGGGGAUUUCUGUUUGGAAAAAGUUGAUUUGAGAGAGAAUCAGUCACUUGCCCUUGGAAUAAAAAUAGAUGUGUCCAGGGCUGGCCCCGUGGCUUAGCGGUUAAGCACGUGCGCUCCGAUGCUGGCGGCCAGCGUUCAGAUCCCGGGCGCGCACCGAUGCACCGCUUCUCCGGCCAUGCUGAGGCCGCGUCCCACGUACAGCAACUAGAAGGAUGUGCAGCUAUGACAUACAACUAUCUACUGGGGCUCUGGGGGAAAUAAAUAAAUAAAUAAAUAAAUAAUGUAAAAACAAAACAAAAAAAUAGAUGUGUCUACAAAAGACCUGCCCAUGCUCAGACCUUUGAGGGGUAAAAGGAAAAGAACUUCAACCAUUUUAAGAUAACAUUUUUGGAAAGUUUUCAAUGCUUGGUUAUUUAAAGAAAUUUGAAUUAAAAGACAUUUAGAAGGUACAAAGUUUGCUAACAUUUAAAAAACUUUAAAAUAAUAUCAGAGAUAUAAACAAUAUUAAUUAAUAUGUAGGGGUGUGUAGGGUGGGGGAGAUGGUAGACAGAAAUGCUCUUUUGUCAGCUGCAAAUUCAGGUCCAGAAAAUUGGUGAAGUUGGGAUACAGAGAUCUUGCUUGUUGCCAGCAUAAAAGUCAUAGUUGAAACCAAAGGAAUAAGUGUGUUCUUAGAGCAAAUGUGUGUUCACAUAUGACCCAAGAACUAAAGAAAGGUAUAAAAAGGACUUAAAGGACUACCUAGAAAGUUUGGGUUAAAGGUAAAAGAAUCAGGAGAGCAGUUUUCCUUCCUUAGCAACUGAAACGGGGGGAAAGAUUCAUUUUACCGAGAUUCAGUGUUGUGUUCCAAGUGAAAUAGGAUUGAAUCAAUAUAAUUUACCUUGGCCAGGAGGUAAAGUGGCCCAGCUUCUCUCGUCUCCAGUGGCAGAAGUAUGCAUUCUGGCUAAGCUAUUUACAGCACCCAAGGAGUGCUGGUCAUUUCUAUUAAUGCUUCUUGGUGAGUUGUUGCUUUCUUUACGCCAUUUAUGGGGCCUCUCUUUUCCCAGCAUAUUGCUUCCUUGUGAUUUCAGUACAUGUGAAAUCUUGUAUUUUGUAUUUACUGCUUGGGAUCACAAGCAACCUAGUAAUAAAACUGACAAUGACAUUUGUAGUGGA